UUUACAGUCUAACUAAACCAAAGGAAAGAUGAGAAUCCUGUUGUGUUGUUACUUUUCGCUUCUCUUGCUGACGAUGCAGAUGGAGUUUCUCUCCGUCCAGGGAUAUACGUUAAUGAAGCAUUUGGCCCAACAAGCCAACGCUCUGGAAUAUGGACUAAAAUUGGCCUCCAAAUCAAAGUGGGGACAUGGUCAUGGAACCAGAGUUGCUUUUACAGCAGUCCCAUCCAGUACAAAGAAAGUUCGUAGCGGCAACUACGUGUACUACAACAGCAUUAUUACCAAUGAAGGGCAAGCUUUCAAAAACGGGCACUACUUCCAAGCACCACAUGAUGGUCUUUAUGCAUUCACCUGGUCAACUCGGCCCUAUUCUACCAACCAAGCACAAACCAGUAUCCGUGUGAAUAAAACCCCAAAACAGUAUCAAUAUUGCUUCACCGGUACUUCUUCCUAUACCGAUUCUUGUUCCACAUUCAUCAUACUGAGCUUGAGCAAAGGGGAUAAAGUAUCUAUCCAUUCCGAUUCUUCAAGUACAUAUAUACACGCAACCUACUCCUCGUUUUCCGGCAUGUCAUUGUAAAGUGAUGAUUUGUAAUUAUGCAAAUAAAGAUAAAUAAUCCUCUG